AUGGCUUUCCUAACUUUGACUUCGGACAUUCAACAACCAUUUGUUAUUCCAAACUUUUCUCCAGUUUCUCCAGCUGCUUCAAGAAAGAAUUCCGCUGCCAGCGUCGAAACUGAGACUCAAUUGCCUGUGGGGAGAAAGGGCUCCAUUAGCCUGUUGUGA